UAGAUAGCUCUUAUUGAAUUAUUCUUUCAGGAGAGCAGUAAAGUGUUGGCAGUUGUAAAAAUGUGUCAAAUUUAUGCAAUCCUAUCUCUGAUUUACAAUUCAGCUACACAUGUUGGCAGAGGUGAACUGGUGGGCCUAAGGAAAUGCAACAAUAAUUCCUCCUCUCUUCACCCUGAAAUACCUUGAUCCUGACCAUAUAAUUUAUUAAAGUAGGCUUAGGGUAUGUUACAUUAAAGUGUAAAGGUAUUCUUCCUAGUGGGUGUGGAUAGUAUAAAGUUGUAGAAUCGUAGAGUGGUAGUGACUUUAGAGGAGAACUGAUACAGCAGUUCCUGAAUACCAGUCUCCAUCUAGGCCAACUGUAACAGUCACCUCCAGAGCUUUUAAAAAAAUGUAAACUCCUGGUCCACUCAAGGAGAUUUUGGUUUAGGAAGUCUGGAGUGGGGCCCAGAAAUUUGAACUUUAUAAAAGAUUUUUAGGUGAUUAUAUAAUCAGCUAAGUUUUGGUACAACUUUAAACUCUGUAAGAAUCCUUUCUACAACAUUCUUGGUAAAGAGUCAUGCAGUCUCAACUUUGACAACUUCUAUUUGAUGAGGCAACUUAUUUCAUUGCUUUAAAAGAUUUAUCUUGGACUGAACUAGGCACAGUUCUGGGUGGGAGUCUGGGGAGUGCAGCAGCCAUGGCCAGCCACCUCGUGCUCAACAACGGUACCAGGAUGCUCAUCCUGGGGCUGGGCACCUGGAAGCCCCCUCCAUGCCAGGUGACUGAGGCUGUGAAGGUGGCCGUCGAUAUUGGGUACCGCCACCUCGACUGUGCCCAUGUGUGCCAGAAUGAAAAUGAGGUGGAGGUGGCCAUUCAGGAGAAGCUCAGGGAGCAGGUGGUGAAGUGUAAGGAGCUCUUCAUUGUCAGUAAGUUGUGGUGCAUGUGCCAUGAGAAGGGCCUGGUGAAAGGAGCCUGCCAGAAGAUGCUCAGUGGCCUGAAGCUGGACCACCUGGACCUUUACCUUAUUCACUGGCCAACUGGCUUUAAGCCUGGGAAGGAUGAAUCAGGCAGUGUGGUUCCCAGUGACACCAACAUUCUGGACACAUGGGCAGCCAUGGAAGACCUGGUGGAUGAAGGGCUAGUGAAAGCUAUUGGCAUCUCCAACUUCAACCAUUUCCAGGUGGAGAGGAUCUUAAACGAACCUGACUUAAAGGAUAAGCCUGUGGUUAACCAGAUUGAGUGCCACCCGUACUUCACUCAGGAGAAGUUAAUCCAGUACUGCCAGCCCAAAGGCAUUGUGGUGACUGCCUACAGCCCCCUUGGCUCUCCCUAUAGGUACUGGGCCAAGCCUGAGGACCCUUCCCUCCUGGAGGAUCCCAGGAUCAAGGCGAUCACAGCCAAGCACGAUAAAACUACAGCCCAGGUCCUGAUCCGGCUCCCCAUGCAGAGGAACUUGGUGGUCAUCCCCAAAUCUGUGACACCAGAACGCAUUGCUGACAAUGUUAAGGUCUUUAACUUUGAACUGAGCACCCAGGAUGUGACCACCUCACUCAGCUACAACAGGAACUGGAGGAUCUGUGCCUUGGUGAGCUGUGCCUGCCACAAGGAUUACCCCUUCCAUGAAGAGUUUUGAAGCUGUGGUUGCCUGCUCAUCCCUAAGUGACCUAUACCUGUGUUUCCUGCCUCAUUUGUUUUCAUUGCAAAGGUAGUAUGGCCUGUGUCACUCAGCAGUGGGACAGCAAACUGUAGAGUGGCCAGCAAACUGUAGAGUGGCCAGCAAGGGUGUGUCCAGCUUGAUGUUGGAUCUGAAGAGCCCUAUCAGUAGAGUAGAGGUCUCUUCCAGUUUGCUUUGCCCUUCUUUUUGCCCUGCUGGGGAAAGUACAACCUGAAUACCCUUUUCUGACCAAAGGGAAGCAAAAUCUACCAGGUCAAAAUAGUGCAAAUAACAGUUGAGUUUUGACUGCUUGGAACUGUAACCCUUUCAGCAAGACUUCUCUUUGCCUCAAAUAAAAAGUGCUUUUGUGAGCUUGAAAAAAAAAAAAAAAA